GUCUGAAUCACCACCACCAUCUUUAUGUUAUUGCCCCCCCCCCUCUCUCUCAAACCCUUGAGCGUGAUAUUUCUUGGUAUGAUCCAUCGGAAGCCAAGUUGAUGAGCUUCGAGUGUGAUCUACUGAUCUUUGUUUUUAUUAUUCAAUGCAUUCCACCCACUUUCUUUGUCUAAGUUCCAUUAUUUAAUUGAGCCAGCUAGUCUCCUUUUCUUUUCCUCCGUCUUGAGUUAUUUACCAGAUUUCGUUUUCUUUUGCCUUUUUCUUCCUGGGUCAGGGUUUUCCUUCAAUAAUUUUAUCAUCUCUUCUCACUUACUGCAUCAAGCUCUUCAACUUUGGCCCUCUCUGGAAAGCAAGUACUUGAAUGCCAUUGAAAGUUAAAGUCAUCUGCCCAAGUCCCAACUAUAUUUCAGUUUCCAGAAGUACAACAAGCAGACAAACGAUGUCGUUUGCCGUAGAAAGGUGAAGAAGAAAUUGAAACCAUGCCGUGUCCGUCUUCCGUUUUGAAGUUAUAGCUGAGUAGCGAUUUACUUCCAUGGGUGAAUUCAUGGUGGAUGCGCCGAUCCGUGAGGAUAAGAUCGGAGAGACAGUGGCUUCCAAUUCUUCUUUGCAAGUGUCAGUUUCGUUUGGUAGAUUUGAGAGCGAAUCUCUCUCUUGGGAGAAAUGGUCGUCUUUCUCUCCAAAUAAGUACUUGGAGGAAGUUGAAAAGUGUGCUACGCCUGGAUCAGUAGCUCAGAAGAAAGCUUAUUUCGAGGCCCAUUACAAGAAAAUUGCCGCCCGGAAAGCUGAAUUGCUGGAUCAAGAGAAGCAAGCGGAGAAGAAUCUUUCGAGAUCAGAAGAUCAAAACAAAGAAGAUCUGAGCGAGAACACUUGCGGGACUGAUGCAGAAUUUGAUGCAUCCAACGGUCAAGGUUCUUUCGUCAAAGAGAUUAAGCAAGCAACCAAUUCAACUGUUGAGGUCGGUGGGGUACAUAUGGAUGGUAUGACUGAAAAUAUUCCAGAAUCUAGAGAUUAUCAAAGCACAUCAAAUGAGGAAGAGAAGAAAAAACCGGAAAGCAGAUCAGAUGGUUCCAAUCUUGGUAAUACAGCACCUGUCUACACAAAAGGAAAAACUACCCCCGUUGAAGCUGAAAACGUGAAGGAACCUUCAGGCAAUGUUGACAAUGGGUUGGCAGAGGUGCAGGCAUCUCAAGUUGAAGCAAAAGAUAUGAAAUUGGAUUAUCCAGAGGAAUCUAAGAAGGUUAACAAUGUCAAUAGGGAAAAUAGUGCUGUAAAGACGAAAAGGAAACCAGUGGUGCCUACAUCUAAGGCACACCAGAUUACAACACCUAGAAGCUCAAGACUUACACCAACUCCGACCAAAACUUUACCAUCUGCCACUUCGAGUAAAAAGGGAAAUUCUCCAUCUUUAUCUGGAAGGAAAAAUCCAUCCACUCAGGAAAACAAAAGAGUUGCUAACAAAUCUUUACACAUGUCCCUUAGCCUGGGUCCACGUAAUAUCGACCCAGUUCCUCUUACCCCAAUGAGGAAAUCUUUUAUUAUGGAGAAAAUGGGGGAUAAAGACAUAGUCAAACGUGCAUUUAAGACAUUCCAGAACAAUUUCAACCAGUCUAAUACCCCUGGCGCAGCUAGAUCCCUGGUAACAGGACGGGUUCCUUCAAAGGGGACAGAGGCAAAAGUUCAAACAUCUAUGGCUUUGCGGAAAGAAAAUGGACGGCCUAAAAUGGUUGACAGUAUGGAUAAACGAAGUGGGAAUGUUGCCCAAAGUUCUGUAGGCUUGAAAAGUGACAUUGGAGCUGUCAAAGGAAAAGAGCAUUCAAAGAAAACGGGGGGAAAAUCUAAUGCAAAAGAAGCUGAAAGAACACUUCUUCAAUCAAAACCAAAGGAGGGAAAAGAGGCUGAGACAAAAAAGUCAAAGCAGAAUGUUAAAACGACAACCCUACCAACUUUCUACCGGGGCCAGAAGGUAUCAGAAAGCCAUCCAAAAAGGGGAGGUGUUAAGCCAGAGAAUCCUCGUUGAGAGAAAAAGAAGGCGGUGAAAACAUUCAGGACUAGGUAGAUCUGUGCCACAUUGUAGUGUAGUCAGAGACAAGUAGGCCUGUGCCAUAUAUAUAUAUAUAUACACACAAUACACACACAGUGUAGCUUAUGAACAAUAUGAGUAGUAGCAGACAGAGAAAGGAGCAAUGCAUCAUUUGUUUGGCAAUAAAUUUCUUCCCCACCCCCAAAAACAACCUAGGCGAUCUGUGGAAUAGAAAGUAAUUCUGUAUAAUGUCUGAAUUAUGUUAGAAAUGCGUGUUCUUGUGGUGUACUUAAUUGCUUCUUUGAUUUCUUCUCACCACCUUCUAUGUCUUUACUGUGCUGUAAACAAUUUGAAGAUAUAUGAAACAAGAAACUCAUUCCCAA